AAUAACCAAAUCGUCCUUAACCCACUGUAAAACCACUUCAAACCCACGUGGGUUUGUGGUGGUCGAUUCAGUCGUUAACCCACCAAAUUUUAGAACAAUCGGAGCUGCCAGUUCCGAUCCGGUGUAUUUAUCCUGCCCACCCUUAACCCACCUUUUCCAAAAAUGCUUUGAGGAAAAAUUUGGUCAAGGGUUGGCUAAGGUCAAUAUUUUAACUCCUCGAUUGAUUAAAUUCAUUAACUUACAUCACUGCACUUCAACUUCAGCAAUAUUAUUAGUCUAAAAACUAUGCACUGACCAGCGAAAUGGAAGAUAUCAUUCGCAAGUAAACAAACACACAUAUUCACAUAUUACACAUGAAUGUUUUACAACAAACCAACUUAAACACACACGUUUAAUUGCUUCCUUUGCACAAUUAAAUAAAAUUUUAACACAGGUGAAACAUGUUGAGCAAAUAAAUUGCCCGUGCAAAAAAACUGACUUCAACAUUGAAGUGGCUGCUUCUGUGGCCGUGUGGCUUAACCCACCAAACUGAUAGUUUUUUAGCUUUGUUUGAUGGAACUGGAUUUUUAGUACAAGAAAUUGGUGGCGUUUUCGGUAUCUUGGUUAUAUGGGGAGUUGUCUUAACCUCUUUCCAAUUCUGUUACCAUUCAUUAAACACGCGUAAAGGCCAUCAAAGAUAUAUUAUCAUAUUAUGCUUCUAUGUUAAAGGGAAUGGAAUUGAGAAGUGUCAGGAACCGAGAGGAAACAGGCAUGGUUGUAAGAAAGAUCAAGGCUGAUGAAUAAAAAUUGAUAGACAAAUAUGUCCUUGGCGAAAUUACAGCGGAAAAUCUACACAGCGAAUAUUGCCCUCGAGUAUUUCAUUUUGAAUAACUGGGACUUCAAAAAUGGCAACUUUAUACGCCUAGCAUCAGAAAUAAAACCAGAGGACAACAAAGAUUUCUACUAUCGCGAUUUUAUAGAGUUUGAUGUAACACUGUACUUUCGUAAUUGCAUUCUCGGUGCUAGACGAUAUUUGCUCAAAGAAAAAGAUGAAAAUAUUCCACGUGCGCUUACGCAUCUGAAACGGAUGAAGAUAUUGGAUAAAUUUUGUAAAUACGUUAUCUUAUUUAUCUUUCUAUACGUUAUUUUAAUACAGUUUGGUGUGCUUGAAAUGAUACUUUUCAUAAUUUCGUACAAACCUUCUUAUAUUAUUGAUAACGAAUGUACAUAACUCUGAGUCACGUGUAGUAAAAAGAUUACGAACAAGAAUCAUGUAGAUUUGGCGAAACUAUCAGAACUAUGAUCAGAUAUUUUGUUGCGAAGUAAGGCUCAGCUAUAAUGUUAACUUAAGAAUGUUAUCCGCACACAAACUUAAAAUACGGUGUUGAAUCUUCUGGACUGAACUAAUAGAAUAUAAUUUUAUGUAAGGUGUUUCAGGUGUUGUAGGAGGUUUGUGAAUGGUGAUCUAAAUAAAUAUUGAAUAGCAAAUUAUGUGGACUCAUUCUGGCGAGUCAUUCUGCUUUUGAAUUAAAAAUGGCGCUUUUGAAAAAUUAUCCUAUAGCUUCAAUAAUCAAGUUAUAUUUGACAAUGUCUAAGUUUUAUUUAAACAAUAAAAGGUAUGAAAAGGCCCGAAGAUGGUUAAUAAUAUUA